UGUACACUGGUGUGUGAGGACUCUUCAAUAUUUACUUUUCCUUGUAUCCCAACAGAAAAUCCUGAUACUUCAGCAUUGUUUUUCAGCUAGACAGCUGAACAGUGAAUAUUAAGUGAAGAACUUCCCAUUUUUAGAAAUGAUUACAUCAUUUCUGCAAAUCAGUUUAUAUUUUCUGAUUUGUUUGAUAACUGUAUUUUUAUUGUGGAAGAAUUGGACAAAACAAAAAUUUAGAAGAUUACCUCCUGGACCUCCUUCACUACCCAUAAUUGGAAGUUUACUGAAGAUUGAUUUGAACAAACCUUACGAUACAUACCGAAAGAUUAGCGAGACUUAUGGAUCCGUGUUCACAGUAUGGCUAGGAGACAAACCAGUGGUAGUGGUAUCUGGAUUGGAAGCCCUCAGGAAUGCUUUCCUGAACCUGGGAGAGGAGUUCAGUGGUCGGGAAACCUACCCACUUCUCAUGCAUGUCACAGGUGGAUAUGGGUUAUUGGUUAACAGUGGUGAAACAUGGAAACAGUUAAGGAGAUUUACAGUGACAACCUUUAAGAAUUUUGGAAUGGGACGUCAAAUCAUAGAGAACAGAAUCCAAGAAGAGGCCAAGAAUCUUGUUGAAGCACUCAGUCAGUUCAGAGAGCGUAUGUUCAACCCCAAAGAGAUGGCGGAUAAAGCAGUCUUCAAUGUUGUCUGUUCCAUUCUGUUUGGUAGAACAUUUGAAUACUGUGACCCACAGCUGAACUUUUUCUGUGAUGUCAUUGAACUGUAUUUCAAGUUUUUAUGCAGCAUCCAAGGACAGUUCUACAACAUAUUCCCCACACUCUUUAAGUUUCUUCCUGGCAAACAUCGUAAGGUCUUGGAAUCUGUGGAAAUAUUUAAAUGCUACAUCAGGAAUCAGGCUGACAUGUGGAGGAAGAACCUUGAUACUGAAUUUCCCAGAAAUUACAUUGAAGCUUUCAUGGGUCACAUGAUUAAGGAAAAAGACAACCCAAAUACUGAGUUUCACCUCAAAAACCUAGAGGCCAGCGCUUGGAAUUUAUUGUCAGCAGGGACUGAAACAACAGCCUCUACAUUAAGGCAAAGUCUGCUGCUCAUGAUAAAAUACCCUGAAGUUCAAGAACGUGUUUAUAAGGAGAUUGUUGAGGUCAUAGGCACCUCGAGGAUCCCUUCAUUCCAGGACAGACUGAAGAUGCCUUAUACUGAUGCUGUCAUCCACGAGAUUCUCAGAUUUACAGACAUUUCACCAACUGGUGUUCCCCACAAAGUGUUGAAAGAUGUAGAAUUCAAAGGCUACUACAUUCCAGAGGGAACAGUGGUCAUUCCCCUUCUUUCCUCAGCACUGUCAGACCCAAAAUUGUGGAAAAACCCAAAUGUCUUUGACCCAGAGAACUUCCUGGAUGAGAAUGGGUGCUUCAAGAAGAAUGAGGCAUUUUUAGCCUUUGGAUUGGGAAAACGUUCUUGUUUAGGAGAGGGGCUGGCACGGAUGGAACUGUUCAUUUUCUUCACUGCUCUCCUCCAAAAAUUCACUUUCAGUGGCACUCAGCCUGUAGAAGACAUUGACACUAGCCCGGAAUUUGCAUGUUUUGGACGAUUACCGCGCACCUACACAUGCUAUGCCAAGCAUCACCCUUAGGACUACUAGUCAAAGCCAUUUAGAUUCAUGUAGUGAAGGGUGUAAAUCCCACUACAAAUCAAACUGAUUAUGGCAUCCAGUGCAAGAAGAACAAUCAUAAAAUUCUUACAACAUUAUUCAAACAACUUUAGUAAGCAUUAUGAAUAUCAAACUACAUCUGCAAAUUAAUAUAGUAGUUCAACAUAUGAAUAUGUCACAACUAUGACCGCAUCUUAGCCAGCAGUACCUGGCUUCAGUCGAAGCACUCGGCUAUAGAAGACACUUCUGAACCUCUUCCCAGUUGCACACUCUCACUUGAGACUACUGUCCCCUCCAUAUUCUCAAACCCACCUUGUGGUUCCCAAGUCCCGUUUGUCAUCGUUCCCCAGACAUUCCACAUUUCAUUGGUAAAUGACCACUCACCUUGUUUUCCGACCACGGCUUCGGAUCCUUGCCUCUGUUCAGUUCGUUGACCGACCAUUCGCCUGUCACCGAACACAAGAACAAAUCUAGUCCUUUGGCUCUGACUAAACGAUCCUGCGCUUGGGUCCAGCCUCCUCAAUAUAUGCAUGCAUACAUGAAAGAAAGUGCUUUCAGUAUUUUCAGAUAUAUAGGCAACGUCCGUGUCAGUAGAAACUUUUUUUUUGUAAGUUAAGCUAACAAAGCCUUAGCAAAACUAGAUACAUUAACACUGAGUUUCACUUGGGCCAUUACAUUUGCUGUUUAACGUUUUAACUGAUAUAAUAAUCACUGCAUUAUACUUUAAAGAAGAAAAUGAACAGUGUUGCUGAAGGAAUUUCAAUGUAUUUCAUGAAUAACUGUCAUGAUUCCUGAGGAUCAGACUCUAGAUGAGCAUACGGGGCAUCACCUCUGGAGCCACUCAACCACUCCAACACACCUAACUCAAUGAACACCGGAACCCCAACACUAUAAAGGGAAUCUAGUGGGUGACGAUAAAAUAUAAUCCAGACAACUGCAGGCACUGUGGCUGUUGCAUCAAGGAAUGCCCACAUUGCUGCGGUUGCAUUUUCUGAAACCUUGGGUAAAGCAUUUUUAGUAAGGUUCAAACUGUUGAAAACUGGCUCAAAUUCUGUGGCCAGACAUGGCCAGCAGUCUAAUUGUUUCAAAGGAGUGUGACUGGCAAGGUUGAACUGGAUGUUGACACCCGUGCCUUUUCUUGAUCUGUCUGAGAGGAACUUGCUAAAUCAGGUAUUUUUUCAAAAUGAUAGCAACUAUUCAUAAUGUGAAUGGUUUAAUGUUUGAAUUGUGGCAGCCAUUCAAUUAACAGUUAAAUCAAGCUGUUAAAAUCUUUAACUGCCAAGUUUUAACCUUUAAAUUCCCAAAGUUCCAUGAUUGCAAUAUGUGAAUGACAGAAGUGUUGAAAUUUCUUCCUCUUGAAGAAUUAAUAUUUGAUUUGCAUGACACUUGUAAUGAAUUCUGGAAUAUCUGAACAACCUUCUGGAAGUUAUUAGAAAGUGCUACAUAAUCAUACUUGUGAUAUAUUGUAACCUUUUGACCUGAAGCCUCGCUCUACAUAUGUGGAACUUUGCAGUUUGCAAAUUUGUAAUUUCUUACUGUAUUGUGCUUUGACGCUGUGCUGCUCGUAAAAUGGAUAAAAUAAAUAAUUAAUAAAGAAACCCCAUGAUUUAUGCA